ACGUAACAUAUAUACAAUUUCAUCUGAUAUUUUUGUACUUACGUCUUUUUUUGGAAAUUAUGAGAUCAGAUUCUUUAGAACGCGGAUGUGAUACCCAAUUACCAAAGCUUGAGACAUCUAUCAAUCAGUUGAGAAGUUGAAUUACUCUGGGGUACCCGAAAGACUGCAUCGGCCUUGAUUUCCGCGCAUAGAACUCCCGAGUUCUUUGUUCUUCAUUCAGGAAUUAAUUAGCUUAGCUCGUCACCUGAGCUUCCUUCGCUCCAUGGAAUCCGCGCAAAAUAAGGAGCGUCGUAGCAGCUCCCGGAAAUUUCACAAAAAGUCCCGUAAUAGUUGUCUGCCUUGCCGGAGGCGUCGCGUUAAAUGUAAUUUACAACCUCCUGUUUGCUCAAACUGUCAUCGACGUAAAGAAUCAUGCUCUUAUAUUUCGCAAACUGCUCAAGAAUCAACCCCUCUUGCAGUCGCAAGGGUGCAAGAGGAAAUUUCUCCUGGGAAGAUUAACGCUAGCGAUAGUCCCAAUAGUCUUAAAAAUACCCGAAAUAUAGAAUUAUUCACGAAUUGGCAGGCUCUUCAUGGUAACGAGAGUCUACGGGGGGCGUGGCAACGUGCUCUAGAACCCAACACAAUAAGUCCGUUGAUUCAGAUCAUGGAAGAGACUUUUCUUCUAUCCUUGCUACCGGAUAUCGAAAGACAAGUGUUUGCUCGAGAAUUCACUCGUCUAGCAAGUGCUUUUGAAUAUGUACAGCGAUCCUUCAUUGCACUUUACGAGCUUCACGAAUGGUCUCUCAGCACAUCGUGCCCGAGCUUGUACACUUCCGCAUACCAGCACCAUAUCGAAGCUUCCAUGAUAUUCAGGCACACGCAGCCGAAAAUCAACAGCUCCAAUUGGAUGGCUGUUUUAACGUUUGGCAUCGGUGUUAUAAUUUUCCAAUUCGCCAACUUUCUAAAAACGCCCGAUAUGUUGGACACCAGUCUUGAACUGCUCUUCGCUCUGCGCGGUUCUUCUAAAGUAGCUGUUGAGUUGGCGCCAUACCUGCAAAUCAGCUCAAUAAUGCUUCUCACCCAGCCUCAUUCGCGUCCACCUAAUUUGCAUCUGGAUGAAUUAACGUCAAAUAUGUUGGUCUGUCUUGAUUUGCUUGGAUAUCCUGAUGAUACCACGGAUGAAACAAAACACGCAUGUCUGCACUCGGUCAAAGCGCUGAAACGGUGGAUUGUCGAGGUCAAUGGAUGUCCUCGAAACUGGCGCCAGUUCAUAGACUGGCCCGCCGCUGUUUCGGAGCAGUACCUCACCGCGCUCUCGCAAAAACACGCAACGUCUCUUGUUAUUUUCGUUCACUGGUGUGCUAUUAUGAAUCGCUGCCCAAAGCGAUGGUAUAUGGUCGGAUGGGCUAACAGGGCUGCAACUAUAGCGAUGAGACAGUUGGGGGAGGAGUGGGAUCGGGCACUAGAAAUACCACGGGCGUUGUUAGCAACUGAGGCUGAGGCUAGGUACCCCGUGCACAACCUUAAGGAAACCAUUCCAAUAUAAGACAUAUCGAGAUUCGAUUCUUACCGUAGGCUAUAAAUCAUAUGUACCUAGU